AUGUCCAUAAUUGCUUGCUCUGGAGAAAGGGCCAGCGAGGAUUGCUCGAAACCAUGCCUCUCCUCCGUUGUUGUUUUGAUUUCUGUUAACGGGGCGGUAUCGACGUUCCUAACAAAGCUUGUGGUGAGUUUAAAAGGCACAGGUUCCGCAGUUGUCAUCGAGGAGCCCAGUGAUUCAGCAGCUGUAGUGAGUGUAGUGAUGUUCACAAGCGUAGACGGCUUCGUUGAAGAAGGGGCUAGCGAGCUUCUCAAUGCGAUCGAUGGAUUCCGGAGAUAAGGUAAAUUCAGAGGAUAUGGUUCCUCCGUAACUGGAUAUUUGUGACCGCAUGUUGUUUGACAGCUCUUAAUAUCACCAAAAAAGUUCCUCGCUUUCGAUUUACAUCCGCCAUACCAAAACGACUUGCAAGCACCUCGUGUCUUAUUGAAGAACCAUUUCAACUCCUGA